UAUUGUAAAAAUCAUACUGGCCUUAUACAUUCAUAAAUUUAUUAAAAUCUCUUUGCUGAUAGGUACUAAAACAUUUGACAUGUGUCUACAAUUGUAUUUAUUUACUCUUUAAAUAUAUAAGGAAAACAAUAUAAUGUUGAGAAUAAUACUGAUAGUAUUGCUAGCUAGUUAUGUGUCACCGCAAGACGAGCUUCUGGAAAGCCUGUACGGUGGAACAGGGCAGAACCGGCUGACGAUAUGUACAGAAGCGACUGUGGACUGCGAAGGCGCGCUGUGGAAGCCGCGGUGGGUGCUCACGCGCAGCAGCUGUAUCGACGAACUGCCGCUCGGGCAGCUCGCCGUCUUUAAAUGUGAGACGGGCUGCGGAGACUAUUUUAUGGGGUUAGCGAGCGAUACUGCGCGUAGGAUUUACGCCAGUUUUCCAUUCCCCGAUUCUGAGCUGGAUAUAUGUCUACUGUACCUGGACAGUCCGUUUGAAUCCGUGGAAAAACUUAUAAACGAAUCUCUUGCUCAGGAAUACCUUAAAGGGUACGAGCCAUGGCUGCAUAAAACAAUUCACACCUUCCUCUACGGCAACUCAUACGCCAAGUGGGCAGAUGAUGUUGCCUCCCCGACGCGGAUGUUCAUCGUCGCUGGAGUGCUACCAUCAGCCGCACUUAUCAUAUUCUUCCUAUUCAUUCUCUUCUACACGAGGCCCAAAAACAAGAAAUCUUUCAGAGUUGCGACCAGAGUGUAGUUUGUUCAUGAGCCUUAUACAAAAAUAUAAAAAAAAAUAUUUUUGCCAAGUAUACCAAGUCUAUAUUCUAUUGUAUAAUACACCAUACACGUUUUGUUGCGUUAGCUGUUAUAUUGGCUUCUAAAAUGGAAUUAUGUAUUGUACAAGUUAGUACAUACUUGUUUGCUAUAUACCAGGAUGUUAA